AUGACGAGGCACAAUGAAGGAUGUGAUAUACUUUAUAACACAAGUCUGCGUAAACAAAAGCCCAAAGUCAAGCUCACUGUUUCAAGUGAUAUUAAGAAAUUACACAAAAAGGAAACAUGGAAAUGGAAUAAGAGUUCUUCAACAAGGCCAAGUGUGGAACUUGCAUCAGCCACUGCUUCAGGAAGCGGCAUCAUAGGCAUGAUUGACACAUUUGACAGACCAGCAGAUGCCAAUGCAGAAGUCACCUAUGCUCGAGCUGGAACAUAUGCGGAAGCUUUUGAGAACAAACCAGGAAAGAGGAUUCCCAAGGCUGGAGUCUAUGCAGAAGCAGGACUUGGACGAGCUAGUGCUGAGUUCAGUGUAUUUAGGGUAGAAGCCAAAGGCCCAAACGCCUCAGCUAGUGCUGAAGCCACUGCGGCUAGACUCGGGGCCGGAGCAAUGGCUCAGGCUGAAAUUGGCAGCGCGUCAGCUAGUGCCGGUCCAAUAGAUGUGAAAGUGGGACUCGGAGUUGACACGGGUGGAUAUAUUGGUUUGGGUGGGGUGGAGGUCAAAUUCCUGGGAACUGGAUUCUCAAUUGGUCGAAAAACCAGUAUAUCUUUUCUUAAUUCAGAACUGUCUUUUUCACUCUAAAAAUCCCACUUUUGACUGCUUCCCUUAGCGGAUCUUCUGCAUAUCUAUUUGGCACUGGUUUUCAAGCACUAACAUGCUGAAAACCCAUUAAGUAUUACUAAUAUUUAACCCACUUAAUUAGUCAUUCAGAACUCUUGGUCUCUAUGUGUGACC